GAAGGACACAAUACCACAUCACCACUCCGAGCGAGUCGGGGGAGGGCGUCGAUAGACGCGAGGCCAGUCGCCACUGUCUCUGCCCACGCGAGAGGUCACGGGGUCAGCGCGGAGGAGGGAACGGAGGAGGUGCACGGUCGGGCUUUAGGACCCUGCUGCUCUCUCAUCACUCUUCCAUGCUCCUCAGUGUACAGAGCGCUCAUCCUCCCUCACUCACUCCCACUGCUCAUCACUCCAGAGUUCUGCAAACUUCCACACAAGCACCAUGGUGAGGAGUGAGCGGCACAGACGGGAUGUUAAAGCCGAGGAGGUGUUGUUCGUGUCGGAGCCGGGCUCGGAGCUGCGCCGGGAGGAGGAGGAGGAGGAGGAGGAGGAGGACUCCGCCGGCUGUCCGUUCAGCUCGGUGUUCGGUUCGGAUGAAUCCUCCAUCAGUACUUUCCUACAGAACGUGCAGGUGCUGCUGCAGGCCGCCAGCUACAUCGAGACCGCCGAGAACAACCAUGGAAAGUGUGAACACGGCUACGCCUCGACCUUCCCGUCGAUUCAGAGCUCCAGCUACCAGAGACAAAGAAAGUUCCGCAACAAAAAGCACAACAGCAAUCACAACAGGUCCACACACAACGAGCUGGAGAAAAAUCGGCGAGCUCACCUGCGUCUAUGUUUGGAAAGAUUGAAGACCCUCAUCCCGCUGGGGUCCGACUGCAGCCGCCACACCACGCUCGGCCUGCUGAACAAAGCCAAAGCACACAUAAAGAAACUAGAGGAGGCCGACCGGAAGUCUCUCUAUCAGCUGGAGAGCUUGGAAAGGAAGCAGAGGCACCUCCAGAGGCAGCUGGACUCCCUGCAGGGGACGUGCAAGGCCGAGAGGGUCCGAACGGACAGCGUGGGCUCCACCCUGUACUCCGAACGCUCCGAACGCUCCGACCGCUCCGACUCUGAUCAAGAAGAGAUCGAGGUGGACGUCGAGAGCACCGAGUUCUCCCAUGGAGAGCUGGACAGCGCGAGUACGGCCAGCACCAGCGACCUGGACGACCACAGCAGCCUGCAGAGCCUGGCGAGCGACGAGGGCUACUCCUCCUGCAGCGUCAAGCUGGCCUUCAGCUCGUAGACACGUGCGCGCCCGUACGCGUCCCGGCGAACCCCCGAACCGAUCAGAAUCCACUCCUCAAUCCGGGCCCCGCUACCGACCGACCAAUCAGAAUCCAAUAGGUGACCAGGUCACCACCCGAGUGUGAACGUGUGUGAAUCCAUACAGCACGUUCGUCAGAGUACCAGUUCUUGUUUUCGUCUCACCGGCGCGUGAGCUGGUCACCUGUCGGAUCGUUCACCGGAGCGCCGCGUAUCGAAACCUGCAAACGAAAAACUAAAGAAAUAAAAAGUGUGAUUUAGGACCGAGGCGUAAACUUGGUGCUAUGUGACAGAACGACCCAAAAUCCAUCCCGGAAAAAGGGUCCAAAAAAGAAGUCCUUCCCACAGACGUGGGGUUUUAUUGGUGCAUUAAAUGCAGCUACGACGUAGACGCCCCUUUUAGCUGUAAAGAGCAAUAACUCCUCUCUCUAGUUCCGUCUCUUCUUUUCUCCCUUCUCUACCUACGACACUUUGGUUCGAAGUGUCCGUCCAGAACAGAAAUGCUUGUUUGGUUUUGUAUAUAAUACAUAGUUUAAUAAAUUAAAUAAAUAAAUAAAAAAACAAAAAAAAAAGAUUUUAAAAUGAGAGCGAGCUAGAUAUUCAUGGGUAACCUCUGUUGCUGUUCAUCUGGUGUUUUAUUUUGUGCAUUUUAUUAAAUUAUAUUUUUGGAAAGAUUCCUCCUAUCCGAUCUUCACUUCGGAUGCGCUGGCAGAGUGGCAUGGACAGUAUUACGCUUUAUUUUCCAGUUUUGACCAAACUGCUCAGAAGAAACUCCUCACGCUCUGGGGAAUAAGAAGAAGAAACGAGCUCGGAGCCUCUUUUACGAUCCGCGCCUUUUAUUUAUUCGAUAGCUAGCUAUCAUUUAUCCUGUGUGUUUUCGUUUCGACGCUAAAAGGCAUUCCACUAGCGCGCUCGGGGUAAACGGUGCUCGAACCGCCCUGCCCUGUCCUGCCCUUCCAGCUCUUUUUUCAUCCAGCACAGGCGUCCUGCUGUAUUUAUUUCUCCUCCCGGUUCGUCCAGCCCCGGAGGAGCCGAUUAAUUUAUUUGCUAUUAUUUUUCUCGUCGCUUUGAUUGCUUUAUCUCUCCUCGUCCCGACUCGAGUCGGUGCUGUUUUCCAGCUCCAGGUCAAACCAAGGAUGAACUCUCGACUACCUGUUUUCUUUUGAUCUUCCUCCCUGUACUGUGCACUUAAAUCCGGGGCCUGUUCCAAAAAAAACCAGAGCUUUCUGACACCACCUCGACCUCUAGGAUCUCUAGGAUCAGUUUCACUACAUCUGAACCAGCGCUGAUUUUUUAUAUCGUAUUUAUUAAGAUUCAGAAUAUUACACCUGAUCCUAGAUCUGACUGUCCUGUGAAUCAUUCAUACACUAACAGCUAGAGGAACUGAUCUGUGAUCAGAUUGGCUUUUUACGAACACCGGGCCCGACCUUUUUCUCCUGAAGUGUGCUUAGCAACAAGAAUAUAUAUAAAUAUAUAAAUAUGUCACUUUAAACCCUGGAUAAUCAGAAAUGCUCGUACCAAACUGGGCCCCGAAAGUCCUAAUCUCGAUCCCCGAGUGUGUUUGGUGUGUAUCAGAGAGUGUAAGCGCGCAUGUGUGUGUGUGUGUGUACUCAGAAAGCUCUGGUUGAAACAGAACAGGUCCUGUAGAUAAAGCUGAUGAAGCUUUUCCACCAUCUGAUCUGAACUCAACUGAUCUGAUCUGAACUUUAUGGCCAUUCUUCUUUGUAAACAUGCACUCUGAUUCUAGCUGUAAGUCCAACUGCAAUACUUACAAUAAAAUACACAGAUUGUCCAAUCUGGAGACCAAAACUGA